AUGACUACGGAUGUGUCUCUUUAUACGGUGGAUAGUGUGAUAAUACUGGAUAACACCGGAAACAGGGUUUUGGUAAAAUAUAGCAAUCCUCCCCACGCCCCAGAGGACUCAGACUCCCUUGCACAGAGACCCAAACAGCAGGUCCAGUUUGAAAAGUCUCUCUUUCAGAAGACACACAAGGUAAACGGUGAUAUCGUUCUCUUUGAAAAUAAAACCGUGGUGUACAAAGAAUUUUCAGACGUUGUCAUCUACAUUGUUGGAGGUUUAAAUGAAAAUGAAUGCUUCUUGUUCAAUGUGCUUCAAGGACUUGUUGGAGCAUUGGAGAUAGUCCUCAAGUACUCUAUUGAUAAAAAGACAAUCCAAGAAAACUACGAUAUGGUAUCAUUAGCAGUUGACGAAACAAUAGACGAUGGAAUUGUUUUGGAGACUGAUCCUUCUGUCAUUGCUGCUAGAGUUUCCAAGGCACCAACUGAGGAAAACUCCAUAAAGAUCGAUCUGAGUGAAGAAGGGCUGUUCAAUGCGUUCAAAUUUGCUAGAUCCAGGGUUGCUGAUCGUCUACAACAGGGGUUUUAA